AUGAGGCCGACCCUCCUGCAGUGGAUUAUGAAGUAUCGUGCCGGGGCACCACCCCUGGCUGUCAAAGCCGACCUUUCAGGCAAGACCGUCAUCGUCGUCGGCGCAAGCACGGGCAUCGGUCUGGAAGCUGCGAAACAUUUCGCAAACAUGAAUGCAGCCAGAGUCAUCCUUGCUUGCCGGAAUGAAGAGCGAGGCAACAGAGCCGUGGCGGCUGUCGAAAGCGCGUCCGGAAAGAAGAACGCCGAACUAUGGAUGGUUGACCUGGCUCGUUUCUCCUCGGUCCUUGACUUCGCCGAUAAGUUCGAGAAAGAUGGAGGACGUCUCGACUAUCUCAUUAUGAACGCCGCCAUAGGAACAUGGAGGCACACUAAACCGGAAGGGUGGGAGACCACUUUACAAGUCAAUCACCUCUCUACCGCGCUGUGCUCUUUGCUUCUCCUCCCCCGGCUGUUGGAGACAGCGAAGGAGCACUCCGUUCAGACCAGAUUGGUGGUUGUGUCCAGUGGCGCGCAUGCCGCGAUCCGGAUAGACGAGACAGCCAGGCAGUCUCCGAGCAUCUUAGAGAAGCUGAAUGACGAACAGUAUAUGAGCGGUACUAACCAGUUCAAAGUGCUCAACAUCUUCUUCGUCCGCGCACUCACUGCACGCCUCCCACCGACAUCUCCCCUAAUCGUCACCUCCCUCAGCCCGGGAUUCUGCGACACCGAGUUGCGCCGCGAAGCCGUGAACCUCCCCGCCCCGUCGGUCGAGCAUAACGGGCAACGUCUUGAGCUACCCAUGCUCACCUCCGAAGAAGGUUCCCGCCAGGUGCUAUACGCGACUCUGGGCCCUCCCGAGCUCGACACGGACCCCACGGCGGUCGACAAGAUCAGGGGCGGCUACGUCGUGUGGAAUGAAAUCGCCGAGCCGAGCGAUUUCGUCCUGAGUGACGUCGGGAAGGAGUGCGAGCAUCGCAUAUGGGAUGAGACUGCCCAAGUCUUGAACGGAAUAACGCCGAAGAUCGGCGAGAUCGUGGCGCAGUAUCUGAAAGCUUAG